AUGAUAGUCCGGUGUCAAAGAGUGGGCUUGUUUCUCCCGGGCUCGUCAACAUCGCGAGCGCCCACUUAUCGCAAGGGGGACGUCGAGAGAAGGAACAGACGAAGAAGAAAAAAACGCAACGCCAACGGCCAACGGCGCAAAGUCAGCCAAUCCCUCUACUCCAUCCAACCUGCGGGAGGACGCAGUGGAGACGGAUCAUGGUCAUGGCCUCGAGGUCUGUGUGCCAGUCAGUGCGGGCUGCGUCUCGGUAUGCAAGGUACCAGGGGUAAAGAGGGUGGGAAAUGGUAA